UGCAGACAAAACAACAGACGAGAAACGUUAUGGAUGUGGAAGUAAGAGGUGGAUAUGCACCUUAGUUUGACAUUUUAUGAACUCACAAUGUCUAAGCUGCAGAUUUUAAGUGUUUUUCUGACAGAGAGAUUGACUUUGGCUGCGCAGGAGAUAUUUAAGGCUGUGGAAGACAUAUUUUCAGAGUAUAAUGAGGAGAUUUGUCGCUCCAGACAGGAGAUUGAGCUGCUCAAGAGGAGACUGCAGCAGGCAGGAGUUCAGAUGGACUCUGAAACGCAGCCUUGCUCCUCUGAGACUCAAGGAAAGAAAUACACCCAGACAUUUUCAGAGGAAUGGAGAUCUGAACACGAUUUUAAGGACACUGAGAUGCAUAUGAAACUAGAAGUUUAUACCCAGGAGGAGAAGGAAAAGCAAAUGCCUGUGUGCAGUGAAUCAGCAUCUUUAUCACCGUGUUUGGACAAUUAUCAUGAUCAGACGCCCAGCAAAGACACUGAAACCCAAAUGAUGGACAGUAGUGAGAAUAAUUGUCCUUUUAUUCACGAAGCACCUCAAAUAAAGACUGAACUUGAGAGUAAUUCUGAAACGAUUACCACCUGUCAAGUACAGCAGCACAUCACAAAACACGGCUUGAGUGAUUCAGGGGCCAGUGAUGCCAACAAAAUCACAUUUAGCCACAUUGGAUCCCCCAGACAUGAGACACAAACAUUUCAUCUGCCCCUCAGAAAUCAAGAGCUGUUGACGCAUCACAGGAUGGAGUUGGCCCAGAAAAGAGAGAGAUUGGCAGAUGAAGAGCGAAAGAAGACUGCAGCUCAAGCUAGAUCCCUAAAGCACAAGCAGAAAGUGUACGGGAGUCCUGAGCUUCGUGAGGCGUACAGGAAAAAGGAGAGAGAGAGAUAUCAAAGACGAAAAUCUCAGGGGAAAGUGAAAUUCACUAAAGAUCUGAACCCAAUAGAAUUGAGAAGACAACAGAAAAAGUGGAGGGAGAAUUCAGCCGCUUACAGGAGAAAGAAAGCAUUUCAGGAGGUUUUAGUCAAUAUUAAAGAAGACAUUAAUCAAGUCAUCCCAGAGCCAGAGCCGUCCACCUCCUCUGAUCAACAUUAUGGGGUUUUUAAUGUUCACUGAGAGACAUGGGCAAAAUAUUCCUGUUUCUCAACUGAUAGAUUAUAUGAGUAUGUCACCAGCCAGUGCCAAGGUCAUUGGUAGGAUUCCCAGAAAAUGCUAAAAUCAAUGUAUUUAAUGCGCUUUACAACAUCUGCCAAAUGCAUAAAUGUAAAUAUUCUUUUAAAAAAAGUAAACUGCAUGCAUUCUGACAGAAAUACUAGCACAUACACAUUCAUUCCAUGUCAUCGGUGUAAUAAUUUGAUUCAGAUUUACUUUAGAUUACACAAAUGAUCAGGUAUUAAUGAUUUUUUUUUUAUGCUUUUGAUGAAUUUUGAAAUAAAAUUAAAAAAGUGAAUGAA